AUGCGCGCUGCCGACGCUUCCUCGACACCACUGAGACCGUCGACGCGCGAUCCCGGCCGACACGUCGGAACCGAGGAGCCUGGUGAGUCUUCCGAGGAACAAGAAGCGAACAGAAAGCAAGCUGAUGUCAUGUUGGGAGAUAUGAGCGACAAGCGCAAAAGCAAGCUUUCGGCCAUCUUCCUCUCGAAAUCCACAUACUCGGCGCCGAACAUGCCCACGUCCAGCUCCAACCCGCAGGGCCAGCCCGCACGCCUCGUCCUGCCGGCGACAGCGGCGCCAGCGGCGACGACGGCCAAGGCAACGCCACCCCGAAUCCCUGUCAUCGUCAACGAUCGUGACGCGCGACAGAGAAAGCAACUGACGCUGGAGAGCGAGAAGGCGCGCGACGAGCUGCUGAGGCACGGAAUCAAGGUGCGGGAUUUCCAGGUCGAAGCCGAGGCCAGGGCUCACAACAGCAUGGCAAGGGAUAUGAUGCAGGCACAGGUAGACAGCGGAGGCUGCUCUGGCCGCAUGAAGGAGGCGGUUGAGGCGGCGACGACAAAGACAACACCAGCGAAGAGCUGA